AUGCAAGUCUCUCCUCGCUCCUCUUCCCGCUCUACUCAGCCUCACGCCGCCCACCACCCUUCUCAAUCCAACCACAACAACCACCGCGACCCCUCUGCCCCUCAGCCGAUCCCACCAAACAACUUCGUAUCUCAACGUUCCGACACCGCGUACAGCGUCGCAACAGGCGCAAUCGGCGGUGGCUAUGGCCCAUACUCAUAUAACCCAUCCUCGGUCACCAACGGUGCGUCUCGCUUCAGCGCCGCACCCUCAGAGGCAUCCGUCACCACCGGGGACAAGACCAAUAGCCAUUUGAUGUCCGCCUCCGUGGCGCCGUACCCCUACCUCUGGGACAACAAAGACUCGGACGUCGACGACCCUCUCCACGAUCCAGACCCUGUCCGCGACGCCAAGGAGGCGCGCACAUGCACCAUCUUCUCCGCACGCGGCUGGCUGAAUCUCUCCGCGCUCACGAUCACCGUGCUCGCGCUGCUCACGCUCUUCGCGGGGUACCCCAUCAUCAGGUACUACGCAUAUCCCCCGCCAUACACGCCCGGGUUCAACAUCGGCGGGAUCAACUCGUCCGGCCAGAUUCCUAACCUGCCGGGCCUGCCGACGCUGAUCGACAAGGACACGCCCCGGGAUGCGUACUCGCACGUCGCCUCGGACGGGUCGACGUACAGCCUCAUGUUCAGCGACGAGUUCGAGACGGACGGGCGCACGUUUUGGCCCGGCGAUGACCCGUACUGGGAAGCGGUGGACCUCGACUAUUGGCCCACGGCCGAUCUCGAAUGGUAUUCUCCAGAUGCGAUCACGACGGCGAACGGGAAACUGGUGAUCACGAUUAGCGAGGUGGAGAACCACAGCAAGAACUUCCGGAGCGGGAUGCUGCAGUCGUGGAACAAGAUCUGCUUCACGACGGGGUACAUCGAGAUGUCGAUAUCGCUGCCGGGGGCGCCGACCGCGCCGGGGUUCUGGCCGGCGGCGUGGACGAUGGGGAACCUCGGGCGGGCGGGGUACGGGGCGACGACGGAGGGGAUGUGGCCGUACACGUAUGCGGCGUGCGACGUCGGCACGUUCCCGAACCAGACGAGCCAGUCGGGGGUGCCCGCGGCGGCGGCGACGGGCGGACCAGGGGGCGGGCCGAUCAGCUACCAACCUGGACAGAAACUGUCGGCGUGCUCGUGCCCUGGGAGCGACCACCCGGGUCCGUCUGUGAACGUCGGGCGCGGUGUGCCUGAGGUAGACGUCAUCGAGGCGCAAAUUGACCCGGUCGGGUUCAGGGCGGAGGCAUCGCAGAGCAUGCAGGUCGCGCCGUACAACUCCCAGUACGAGUUUGCGAACGACUCGACGUCGACGCCGAUAUACAACGAGACGGGCACGUUCUUCAACAGCUACAAGGGCGGGAUCUACCAGCAGGCGGUGUCCGCGGUAACGUAUAUCAACGGGAGCAACUACAAUGAUGCCGGGUAUGCGAAGUAUGCGUACGAGUGGUACUCUAAUCCAGACAACCGCGAGGCAGGGUACAUAACGUGGUUUGCGGACGGGCAGCAGACGUGGAAGGUCACGCCCGCGACCCUCGGCCCGGACAGCAUCACACAGAUUAGCGGGCGCCUCAUUCCUGAGGAGCCGAUGUAUAUGGUGCUCAACCUGGGAAUGGCGCCAUCCUUCGAGGCGCAGGACUUCGAGCACUUGGUGUUCCCCUCACAGAUGUUCAUAGAUUACGUGCGGGUAUACCAGCGCUCGGACGUCUCGAAUGGGCUCACUUGCGACCCGCCGCGGUACCCCACUGCGGACUACAUCGAACGACAUCUGAACGCGUACACGAACCCGAACCUUACGACCUGGGCGCAGGCGGGCUACCAGUUCCCGCUGAACUCCAAAUACAACGGCUGUAGCUGA